UGUAGGAACCUUGGUUGUGGGAGGAAAACGACCAGUCGGACGAAAAUAGGAGACGGACCACUUUUGCACGUGAGAGUUUGUAGGGAAAACAGACGAGUCGUGAUCUCAAAAUUAGUUGUGUUAGUCUCUGUUAUUAAAGUCAGCCGUAACAAUAGUGGUGCACAGAUGUUAAAUAUGGUUUCCUGACUGAUGUUUGUGUAUUCAUCGCGCGUCUGUAAUCAAUAGUUAUUAUCGUUAAACUUUGAGAGGUUCUUCCAGUAAGCCUACACAUAUCAAGACUGCAGAUUUGCUCCUUGAAUACAUAGUAGAGAUGGGCAGACUAAGGAAGAAGCACAACUGGAAAGGACGCCAACAGCAGACACCGUCAGAAGCCCCAGUGGAGAGAAAGAGCGACGUGGUGGUGGAAAUACGUGAUGACACUCCUCUGAAAGGAGUGGAUGAGAGCAACGCUCUUGUUCUCCCGGCCAGCAAAGUCAAGAAGACCAAAGGACCAGAGAAAGCUCUUGCCAGAAAACAGCAGCUUACCAAGAAACAGAGAAAGAACCUGGAAAAAGUUCUGGAACUGAAAGAGAAGAAGGCACAUAGGGCAGAUAUUUUGACAAAGCUAGCCGAGGUCCAGCUACCAGAGUCUGAACUGAAGUUGCUGUACACGACGUCUAAACUGGGCACAGGAGACAAACUCUAUCAGGCCAAAGAAAACGACGAGACAUCUGCCGUUGGCUCCAUCGCUCCUCGCAUCAGCAGCCUGAGCGGAGCGAACCGCAAGAGGAAAAGAAGGCGAGACGAGGAAGAUGAGGAUGAAGGUGAAGAUCGGCCAGGAAAGGAGGAAUCCGAGUCCUCCUCCGAGGAUGAAUCUGAAGAAGAAGAGCAGGAGGCAGGAGAAAAGCUGAAAGAGGGGGAUGAACAGGGAAAAGAGGUGGAGGUGAAGACUGAUGAAUACAAGGAAGAGGAGAAGAAGAAGAAGAAAAAGGAGGAUGAGGAGGAAGAGAAGAAGAAGGAUGUGAAGAAGGAAGCGGUGCCCUCUGGUAGUAAGGAGCCGUGCCAACCAGCUGUGUUUAUUCCUGUGGACCGACUACCAGAGAUCCAGGCUGCGCGUCUGAAGCUGCCGGUGCUGGCGGAGGAGCAGGUGAUCAUGGAGGCCAUUAGGGAGAGCGCCUGCGUGGUGUUGUGUGGAGAGACGGGCAGCGGCAAGACCACGCAGGUGCCCCAGUUCCUCUACGAAGCCGGAUAUGCCAGCGGCAGUGGCAUCAUCGGCGUGACGGAGCCCAGGAGAGUGGCGGCUGUCAGCAUGUCACACCGCGUUGCCAAGGAGAUGAACGUGUCAACAGGGGUUGUGUCGUACCAGAUCAGGUACGAGGGGAACGUGACAAAGGACACAAAGAUCAAAUUCAUGACAGACGGAGUGUUGCUGAAAGAGAUCCAAAAGGACUUCUUGCUGCAGAAGUACAGUGUGAUUAUCAUAGACGAGGCUCACGAGAGGAGCGUCUACACGGACAUCCUCAUCGGACUGCUCUCACGCAUCGUACCACUACGCAACAAGAAAGGCCUGCCCAUGAAGCUGGUGAUCAUGUCGGCUACUCUACGCGUGGAGGACUUCACCCAGAACCAGAAGCUCUUCCCCAGCCCUCCUCCGGUCAUCAAGGUGGAGGCUCGUCAGUUCCCAGUCACGGUGCACUUCAACAAAAGGACAGCUGUGGAGGAUUACACUGGAGAAGCCUUCCGCAAGACAUGCAAGAUACACCGCAUGCUCCCGCCAGGUGGGAUCCUUGUGUUUCUCACGGGCCAGGCAGAGGUACACUCACUGUGCAGGAGACUGAGGAAAGCUUUCCCCUACAGACCGAGCAGAGACCAGCAAGUUGGAGAGGGGAGCGACCAGACUGUAGCACCAAAGAGGUCCAAGAAGAAGCAGAAGAAAGCUGUGAGUCUUCCGAGGAUAGACCUGGAUAACUACUCCGUGCUGCCGGUGGAUGAGGGAGAUGAGGACCGUCAGGCAGGUAUCGAUGAAGAGGAUGAUGAUGACGAAGGCUCCGACCUGGACUUGGGAGACAACCCAGAGGAGGACGCCGAGCAGGAGAAGGCAGACCCAUCCAUCCCUCUGUAUGUGCUGCCUCUGUACUCACUGCUGGCUCCUGAGCAGCAAGCCAAGGUGUUCCGUCCCCCUCCUGCGGGUGCGCGUCUGUGCGUGGUGGCCACUAACGUGGCGGAGACCUCGGUGACGAUCCCCGGCGUGCGCUACGUGGUGGACUGCGGCCGUGUCAAGCAGCGCUUCUACGACCGCGUCACCGGCGUCUCGGCCUUCCGCGUCUCCUGGAUCUCACAGGCAUCGGCCAACCAGAGGGCCGGACGAGCUGGCAGGACCGAGCCCGGACACUGCUAUAGGCUGUACUCUUCUGCUGUGUUUGGUGACUUCCCCUUAUUUGCGGAAGCUGAGAUCACUCGCAGACCCGUGGAGGACCUGGUGCUUCAGAUGAAGGACCUCAACAUUCAGAAGGUGGUGAAUUUCCCCUUCCCCACUCCCCCGUCAUCAGAGGCUUUGCUGGCAGCUGAGGAGCUGCUGAUCUCCCUGGGGGCACUGGACCCCCCUCCACGCCAAGGACGGAUGCGUGAUCUGCAGCGUGCUCGCCUGAGCUGUCCCAUCAGCCCGCUGGGCCGGGCCAUGGCGGCGUUCCCUGUGUCGCCGCGCUACGCCAAGAUGCUGGCCCUGGGCCGCCAGCAGGGCUGCAUGGCCUACCUCAUCGCCCUGGUGGCCGCCAUGACCGUACGAGAGAUCUUCCAGGACCUCGACAGGCCGGUGGCUAAAGAUGAGGACAGUGAUGGCCAGAGGCAGAGGAGAGCACGCAUGGCCCAGAUGAGGAGGCUGUGGGCCGGCCAGGGACAGGCCCUACUACUGGGAGACCUCAUGGUACUACUGGGUGCGGUGGGUGCGUGUGAGUUUGCCGGCUGCACGCCUGAGUUCUGUGAGCAGAACGGUCUGCGCUACAAGGCCAUGGUGGAGAUCAGGAGACUCCGGGGACAGCUGACCAACGCAGUGAAUGCGGUGUGCCCUGAGCUGGGUGUGUUUGUGGACAGCAAGAUGGCGCCCCCUAGUGUGGAGCAGGUGCUGUGCAUUAGGCAGGUGGUGCUGGCGGGGCUGGGGGACCACCUGGCCCGCCGCGUGCAGGCCGAGGAGAUGCUCGACCCCAAGUGGAUCAACGGCUACAAGACGCCCCUCCUGGAUGAGCCGGUGUUCAUCCAUCCGAACUCCGCCCUCCACAAGAACCCGCCGGACUUCCUGGUUUACCAAGAGAUCAUGGAGACCACCAAGAUGUACAUGAGAGGUGUGUGUGCGGUGGAGGCGGAGUGGGUGCCUAAGCUCCUCCCCCAGUAUUGCCACUUCAGCGCCCCCGAGGAAAACCCCGCCCCCUGGUACUGCCAAGAGUCCGGCCGAGUCAGGUGCCAAUGCCACAGCACCUUCUUCCGUGUAAACUGGAAGCUGCCUUCAACGGAGAUGGAUUACCCAGAGGGGCUUGAGCGUUACAAGCUAUUCUCUAAAUUCCUACUGGAAGGACAGGUGUCCUCCAAGUUGAAGAAGUAUAGCAGCUGCCUCCUCUCCAGUCCCUCCACCAUGCUGAAGACCUGGGCAAAGUUACAGCCCCGCACAGAGGCCUUGCUGCAGCACCUGGUGGCGGAGAAAGUGGACUGUCGAGACGCACUGCUCUCUGUCUGGAGGACAAAACAGACCUAUCUUCUCUCAGCAUAUCGUCAGUGGAUUCCAGAGUCUCUUCACGACGAAGUUGCAAAGAUCUGGCCUCCUCUCUGACACACACACACACACACACACACACACACACACACACACACACACACACACACACACACACACACACGUGCACGCGCACACAUUUCGGACUGACUUUGUUGUAUCUGUUAGUGUAAAUCAUGUACACAAUUUUUCAAGUGUUUUGGUGCAAUAAACGCUACACUUUUUACUGAAC